GCACGCAGUCGCAGGCAAGAGGAGCCCGCCCGCCGCCGGAGCACGGCGCGGAGGACCCGCACAUCCCUGUUCCACCGGGGGCGGCUCUGCUAACCGCUCCCCCCCGACACCUCCCCUCCUUCCCUCUUUUCCUCCUCCCUCCCGCCCUGCCUUCUGCUUUCUCUCCCCGCCCCUCCAGAGCCCCAUCCCUGCGAGUUUGCUUCUCUGCCUAUGCCCGCUGCCGCAUCUUCCCCGCCAUCAACUCUGGGGAGCCUCCGGCGGAGGGCAGGGACCCGAAGUUGCGGACAGAUCGGGGCAAACUAGCGGCAACGCGGAAGGGGCCGGAGCCGAGCACAGGCCGGCCCAGCAGAGGCAGCACGCCGCAGUCCCCCGGCAGGGAGCUAGCCCCGCGCGCCGGGCCGCGCUGGCGGGGCAGAGCGAGGCGGCAGCUGCCAGCUGCCCCAAGCCCCCUCCCCGGCCCUCGCCGGAGCCGCUGCGAAAGAACCAGCACACAAAGUGGAAGAAAACCUGAAACUGCUCUUUUAACAAAAAAGUCUUGGCUGUCUGCCUCUUCCACAUGUUUUCCUUUUGCUUCAUAAUGGAAGGAGCAGGAUUAUCUGAAUCAUUAAAGCAAAAUUUGGGCAUCAUUGGCUGAAGAUAACAUGAAAGAAGACUUGAAAAUAUGUCGAUGCUCUGUGACUACUAAUUCAGAUGCACUUUCUGCAGCCAGAGGGGAAUAGUUGUUAAAAGCACAGGAGUUUCCUUGAGAGGAGCACACGGAGAAGCUAUGUUGAUGUAUUUUUUUUUUUAUUAUUAUUAUUUUCUUUCGUUCGCACUCUCUCAUGAGUCUCAAAAAGAAAGAUGAAAACAGAGUGUGUGGAAAUUGAGAUAAGGUGAAGACUGAAGAAAGUAACUUCAGUUUUCGAGUCUGUUUUCCAAGUGCUGUAAAUCCCCUAUUUCGUCCAAUAUAACACAUUGUUCUGAAUAAAUUAUAUCAUUUUGUGAUCAGUGGAGUUUUUGUCGGCUCUAGAAGUGGAAUUUGACCUGAUUGAAAGCUCUUUAAAAAAAGUGAAUGUAUGACUCUGAUUCCUUUUUUCAAGUGAAGUUUUUCAAGUUACCGAGAGGGUGUUUCGGUCUCUUACUGUGCAUUGUCACAACCUGUGUUUUAUAUGCAUAUCUUAGAGAUUUUACUUCUUUCUUAAUUUUAGUAGUUGUGCUGUAGUAUUGUGUUUGAGACAAGUGUGAACAGACAAGGCACAUGAGAUUUAAUUUUUUUAGAGCCUUGUUAUUUCAAUGUUGUAGCUCAGAUGACAAGUAAUCUGAGUAUCUGUUAGCAUGCACAGUACACGCUAAGUCUUUUCUGCUAAAAAUAUGCCUUAAGAUGUUUGGUUUUAUACUUAACUGGAUCAGAGUGUGAUAUCUGUACAUUGUAUUUUGUUAGGAAAUGCAUGCCUGGGGACGAGGUACUGCCUAAUGGAUCAUGGCUCUGAUGUUCACGGGGCAUACUUUAUUUCUGGCAUUAACGAUAUUUGCUGUCUUCACUUUUGAAGAAUCUGUAAGCAAUUACUCUGAUUGGGUGACUUUUGUAGAAAAUAUAGAUCAAUAUGAAAAACAGCAACGUGAAGGUCUCAGUGCUAAGCAGAAGCCGAAAAAAGCAGUUCUUCAUCCAAGCUUGUAUUUCGAUGCUGAAGAUGUUCAGGCACUGAGGCAGAAGGCUCAUACAAGCCAUUCACAUCUGUUUAGAGCCAUCAGAAGUGCAGUGAUAGCUAUGCUAUCCAACCCAUUAUACUACCUACCUCCACCCAAGCACGCUGAUUUUGCUGCAAAGUGGAAUGAGAUUUAUGGUAACAAUCUGCCACCUCUAGCAUUUUAUUGUUUGCUGUGCCCUGAAGAUAAAGCUGCAUUUGAUUUUGCCCUAGAAUAUAUGGAUAGAAUGGCUGGCUACAAAAACUGGUUGGUUGAGAAUGCACCUGGAGAUGAAGUGCCACUCGGUCACUCCCUAACAGGAUUUGCCACUGCUUUUGACUUCUUGUAUAAUUCACUGGAAAAUGAGAGAAGGCAAAAAUACCUGGAGAAGAUAUGGUCCAUAAGCAAGGAAAUGUACGAGUACUCAAAGGUUCGUGCCUGGGGAAAGCAGCUUCUCCAUAACCACCAAGCAACCAAUAUGCUUGCUUUGCUUAUCGGGGCUUUAGUUGCAGGGGUGGACAAAGGAUCUCAGGCAAAUAUUUGGAAACACGCUGUUGUUGAUGUGAUGGAGAAAACAAUGUUUCUGCUCAAUCAUGUUGUAGAUGGGUCUCUGGAUGAGGGAGUAGCUUAUGGGAGUUACACAGCCAAGUCAGUAACCCAGUAUGUUUUCCUGGCCCAGCGCCACUUUGAUAUUAACAACUUGGAUAAUAACUGGCUCAAGAUGCACUUUUGGUUUUACUAUGCCACCCUAUUACCAGGCUUUCAGAGGACUGUGGGCGUAGCAGAUUCUAAUUACAAUUGGUUUUAUGGUCCUGAGAGCCAACUGGUUUUCCUGGAUAAGUUUGUCUUGAAGAAUGGAGCUGGCAACUGGCUGGCACAGCAGAUUAGAAAACACAGACCCAAGGACGGGCCGAUGGUUCCAUCCACUGCACAGAGAUGGAGCACACUACACACUGAAUUUAUAUGGUAUGCUGCUGAAAUCACUCCUCGGCCACCUCCUGACUAUGGUAGUGCUAAAAUGCAUGUGUUUCCUAACUGGGGAGUUGUUACUUAUGGGGCUGGGUUGCCAAACAGUCAGACAAACACCUUUGUGUCCUUUAAGUCUGGAAAACUUGGUGGACGUGCUGUCUAUGACAUUGUUCACUUUCAACCAUAUACCUGGAUUGAUGGAUGGAGAAGUUUCAAUCCAGGACAUGAACAUCCUGAUCAGAACUCUUUCACUUUUGCUCCCAAUGGACAGGUGUUUGUAUCUGAGGCUCUUUAUGGACCUAAACUCAGCCACUUGAACAAUGUCUUGGUCUUUGCACCAUCUCCUACAAGCCAGUGCAACCAGCCUUGGGAAGGACAGCUUGGUGAGUGUACCCAGUGGCUGAAGUGGAUUGGUGAUGAGGUUGGAGACUCAACUGGAGAAAUUGUAACAGCCUCGCAGGCUGGAGACAUGAUGUUUGUGAGUGGUGAGGCGGUAUCCGCUUACACAUCAGCAAUGAAAUUGAAAAGUGUGUAUCGUGUUUUGCUGCUCUUAAAUUCUCAGACAUUGUUAGUAGUAGACAAUAUUGAAAAAGAGGAAGACUCUCCUGUUAAUUCUGUCAGUGCCUUUUUUCAUAAUCUGGACAUUGAUUUUAAAUACAUACCCUAUAAAUUUAAGAACAAAUACAAUGGAGCUAUGAUGGAUGUGUGGGAUGCCCACUACAAGAUGUUUUGGUUUGAUCAUCAUGGGAGUAGUCCUGUUGCUAGGAUACAGGAGGCAGAACAAGCUGCUGAAUUCAAAAAGCGAUGGACUCAGUUUGUAAAUGUUACCUUUCCAAUGAAAAACACACUUACAAGGAUUGUUUACCUUUUCUAUGGCCCUUAUGUCAAUGUUUCUAACUGUAGACUCAUAGAUAAUGCAAAAGCUGGAUUUCAGAUUUCGCUCAGUGUCAACAACACUGAAAAUACUAUCUCUGUUGUGACUGAAUAUCAGAAUUUAAAGACAAGGUUCGAUUACUUGGGAUUUGGUGGUUUUGCCAAAGUAGUUCAUGAAAACAAAGUGACCAAGUUUGGUCUAGGUACCGAAUCUGUGAAAAAACAGAUAAAAAAUAAUAGGGCAGUUUUCCCAUUUGGAUUCAAAGUGAACAUAAUUGCAGGGUUAAUUUUGGGUGUUAGUUUGGUCAUACUGGCUUUUCAGUGGCGGUUUUACAUAUCCUUUGGUAAAAUGUUGCGUUGGAUCCUGAUACUGGUUAUCACACUGUGGCUUAUUGAAUUGGUGGAUGUGUGGAGCACGUGUACUCAGCCCAUCUGUGCAAAAUGGAGCAGUGGCAUAACAAAGCUAGAACAUGAUGAAGGCAAUAAAGCCAAACAAUUAGAAGGAAACCCUGUUGUUUUGCCAGAUGUUAUCAUUACUUCACUUCCUGCUUCUGGUGCAGAAAUUUUAAAACAGCUGUUUUUCAAUAGCAGUGAAUUCUUAUACAUCAGGAUACCUACACCCUAUCUCGAAAUUCCUGAGACUGAAUUUGAAAUUGAUUCAUUUGUAGAUCCAUGUGAAUGGAAGGUUUCUGAUGUCCAGAAUGGUCAUUUUCGUCUUAUCCAAGGGUGGCUCCAGUCUUUAGUUCGAGGCACAAAGUUACAUUUACAAAACAUUCGUUUAUAUGAAGCCAGCAGAAGUAAAAUUGCUCAGCAUUUUGCCGUAAACAAAGACAAAAAGAAAAGAUCAAAAAAGAGAGAAUCUCUGUCAGAUCAAAGAAGCAGGGCAAGAGGGAGUCAAGAUAAAGAUGCUGAAUAUAUUAGGGAACUAAGAAGGCAUCUCUCCUAUUAUCCUAAUGCACGACCUGUACUUAGUUUAAGUAGUGGGAGCUGGACAUUAAAGCUUCCCUUCUUUCAGGAAAUCCUAGGACCAUCAAUGAGAGCAUUAUAUGUAGUGAGGGACCCACGGGCAUGGAUCUAUUCAAUAUUGUACAAAAAUAAGCCAAACCUUUACUCUUUGAAAAAUGUUCAACAACACUUGGCUGCAAUGUUUAAAUGGGAGAAUGGUAAAGGAAAAUGUAGUUUAAAUGAAGGCUAUGCCUUCGAAUAUGAAUCAUUACGAAAAGAACUUUCAAAUUCAAAUUCAAAUGCAGUUUCUGUGUUGUCUUAUUUAUGGCUGGCAAACACAGCAGCAGCACUGAGAAUAAAUGGGGUCUUGCUGCCAAGAAAUUAUCAGCUAGUCAAGUUUGAAGAUAUUGUGAGCUUUCCUCAGAAGACAGCUGAAACAAUUUUUGCCUUUCUUGGUAUUCCUCUUCCUCCUGCUAGGUUAAACCAAAUAUUAUUUGCCACCUCCACCAAUCUUUUCUAUCUUCCUUAUGAAGGGGAAAUUUCACCAAGUAGCAUUCAUUCCUGGAAACAAAACAUGCCCAAUGAAGAGAUUAGACAGGUUGAAGAUAUCUGUUAUUCUCUAAUGGAUCGCUUAGGAUACCCAAAGUUUAUAGAAUAAAUGCUGCCGGUCAGCAGAAAUUUGCACUAAUGAUCUCUGACUCCUAAUUUGUGGAUAAAUAUUAGAAAAGUUUGUUUAUUCUUGUAAAAUGUGUACAGUCUGCUACUUUCAGAGAGAUUAUUUUAAGAAAACAAUAGUUGUUCUUGCAACUGUGGGGUUUUUUGGUUGGUUUGUUUUGGUUGGGGAGGGGGGAAAUACAACAAAAACUUGUAACUACUUUUGCUGCCUUUCAAAAAAAGCUGUGUGAACAUUUGUAUUACUACCAGCUGGGAACUCUAUAGCUCAGGGGAUUAGUAAUAGAAUAUGGAACUUUUCACCUCCAGCUCACCAGUUAGACCAAGUGGUUAGCUUCUGAAAGUACUUAACAUCUGAUUAUUGUAUGACAGCUUAGAUAAAAUUAAACUGGCUAACCUGGCCCAGUUCCCAAUGGUGAUAAUUAGCCCCCUUGGGCGGGUUUACUAAUGAAUUCUGUCUGUCUCACUGGUCGCUAUAGUGGUGCAAAAAAAACAUAAGCUGAGAUUUCCAUCCCUUCAGCAGGAGGAAACAAUCAGAACAUUUGAGUGAAUCUAGUUCCUUAUUUACAGUCUCAGCAAACAGGCCCAGAACUGGAAUGGACAUGGAUAUUAAAUGUCAUUAUAGGAUAUGGUUCCUUCAGCUCAGUGAUGUGGCACUUAAAUUAGGGUUUGUACUUUGAUGAAUGAGAAGACUUCAUUCUCCAUGCCUGACAAGGUAGUACCCUUUGUGAGCUUGAAGUAAACUAUCUGCAGAAAAAGAAAUGGGACAAAAGCUAAGAAACCAACAAGAUGUCCCAAAUUAGCAAUUCAAUUUGGAGAAGAUUUUGUGUAGUUUUGACCCACCUCAACCUAAAUUAAUUUUGAAGGUUGCUAACAUCUUGGCUCUUUGCACUGCUUUAUCCUUCACCACUUGUUUAAGAGGUUCUGCAAGGAUUUUCUGGUUUUGAGUGAGACUCUUCCAUCCUGCUUUGUUGUAACACAUUUCUCUGCUGAUUCUUGUGCAUAAUUUCUCUGAGACCAGUGCAAAUAUUUGAUGUCAUUGUCAGUGGCUUAUUGUUGAUGUCUGCAUAAAAUGGCAAUCUGAGAUUUAGAAGAUCUUAAAUAAAUUCCAGGUCUGUAUUGCUGAAGGAUGUUUUGCUUUUCUGUAAAAUGAAAUUCUGAAGGACAACCAUUGCUAACCUCAAUGGGUUAGCAAUCCCUUCAGAGAGGGGAGAAAUCUGAAAAUCACGCAUUCCUCAGCCACCUCACAUUUGAGUGAUGUUUUCUUACAGUAAACUAUUUCCAAAGUUGUCUGAUUUUUAUCAUGAUUGGUGUUUCUUUAACAUGGUGCAGUAGUAUGAUAUUGGUUUGGAAACAGACAGGCUUGAUAUGAUAGAUGUGUCUUUGUCACAGCUUAUUUUCUUCUGGAGUCACAAUCUUUGUUUGCGCAUGUCCUUUUAAGAAAAGUUUUCCCAUUUCCCAAUUUAAAUUGCUCAUCAUUCAUUGGAAAUGCAUGCAUAUUGUACAUGUCUGCAGAUGUGUAAAUCAGGUCAAAAAGAGACAUCUGUUUCCUUUACCAUCUGCUUUUUAUUUCAAAUAGAAUUGUGUUGAAAUAUGCUUCAGUUGUUUUGUGGAAGCUGAGAUCAGAGAUGGCUUAUUAUAUUGAAAUAAAUAUGUGUGUAAUUGCUUUUUAUUUGGGUGGUAAGCAUUAGACAAUGGCAUAAGUGCAGUGAAUUUCUUUGUACAGAUUACAGGUACCCUCUCUGAUUUUUUAUAUAAAGGAGUUCUUGCCUUUCCUUCCAACUUUACUAUUAUGUCCCUGUCUUACCCCACUGUCUUGUCCCUCCCGUACAUACAUUUCGCAUCCUUUGGAGCAUGUUGUGAUAUCUCAUUAUGACCUAGAAGUAGCUCUAUCUUGGUCAGUCACUAGAAUGUCAAAAAGCACCUGUAGCAUAAUAAAGCUAUUGAUAUUUUUUGGUUGUACUAACCAUAACUUAGCUGUCAUUUACUAGCAGUAGUUGAUUUUUCUGCCUUCAGUCCUAGGUUUUUCCCCUGGCUAGGUGGAAUGCCAUGUUAAAGGAAAUAUUAAACGAGUUAACAUACACCAACAUGUUAGUGAGACUUUGGUUUCCAAGUAUCAUUCUCUCAAACUGGCUUCUCUCUGAAGCCAUUUUUGAUCAUAAAUUAAAAAAAAAAAAAAAAAAAAGUGGACAUCUGUACUUGACAGAAUAAGUUUCAGCAUUUGCCUUCUAUUUCCAGGAUUUACACUAGAACCAGAACAAAUAAAAAAAGUAUUCUCUGUCAGAUAUUUUAGGGAAGCUGGAGGUAAGAUUCAAGACUGACUGUGUGUUUGUGGAAGUAGAAGGACCUUUAAAUCCCUUCCUAAAAGUGCCAUAUGGAAUGCCACAAGAGCCUAUAAACCAACUUUUUAUUUUUGAGGAGUUAGGAUGGAUGGAAUCAUCUGUUGGGAGUAUCUGUGCUGGUUUUGGAGUAGAGGUUAUCCCAUGCACUGAUGUUCAUAAUAGCAUCAUUGCUGUCAUUAAUUAUAUUCAAGAUUUAGGAGCCAUUUCUUUACUGUACUAUACUUUCCCAGUUCAAAGAAUGUAUAAUCUAUUAUUCAGAUUUCUGUGCAUUGUGUGUUCCUUAUACAGAUGUAGAAAAGUAGAAGAGAACUAUGUUCUUUAUUUUUAGAUCUUGUUGUGAGGGCAAAUGUAUUAUAAUCAUUAUGCUAAAAAUAUGUAAAGGGAAAAGCAGUGUAUUUGAAAACAACAGAGUGAGAAUGCCUAAGGUAUGGCAAAUCUCCAAUUUUCAAUCAAAUAAUUGUUUUGUUGUGUUUUAGAUGAUAAGUUACAUGACCACUUGGCCAAAAUUAGUAGGAGUCAAAUUUAUGUUUGAAUAGUUAAUUUGCCAGAUCCAGAGUUGAAUUUCUGUACAAGAUCCUGAAUUUUGUGUAAAAUGUAUGGCACAACACAAUUUGACAGUGUAAUACUAUUCUGGUAAGUGUUAGAAUGCAAAUCAAACAAAAAACUGACUUCCGGUUUUAUAAAGUUAUUGGUAACUGAUUUGUAAAGCUGCAGUCAUGGAUCAGAUUUAUUUUUUUUAACCAUAAAAAUCAUUUCACUGGCUGUUGAAACUUAAUGAUAUGACUGCUAGGGGAGUCCUGGCUCUGCGGACAGUCAGUUAUUUCCGUUAUUAGUCUUAGAGACGCUAUUUAUUUGAUGAACACAUAAUCUAGAAUAUAAUACUGCAUUUGCUGAAAACAUUUGAAGUGCACUGUUCAAGAUUAAGGAUAAAAAUAUGUUACCUCAAUAUUUCCAGAAGUUACAAAAAUUAGCCCUUUUGUUAGUGGCCUGUAUGUUGGAAUAUUUCAUAAUUAGAAACUAGGAUAUUUAUUUAGGUGGCUUAGAAGUAAUUUAUUAAGAUUAUUUCUUUUUAAUUGCACAUAAAAUUAUUUUCUUCAAGAUGAUAAGUACUGGAUUUUAAUACUUCUAUGAUCAGGGCAUUAUAAUCUUUUCUUCCUUUCUCCAGACUCCCUUUUAGAUUUGGUUCUGACUAAAACUGUUGUUUAAAUCUCGCCAUGAAUGGGCUGUUUCUAAGUGAGGAGUCUGUCUGGAAACUCUUGUAGUCUCAAAUUCCAUUUCAUUGCAUUUCAUUGUGGAAUAUCACAGACUAGGAGUCCAUGAUAUUGGGUCAAAUUAUUGAUCCAUGGAUCAAAUUUGAUCCAUGAUUAUGGAUCAGAUCCCUAAAUUGUGAACUGUUCAGAAUUGGGCUGUAAGUGGAAUGAUUCCUUGCUGAACUCUAUGAAUAUUGUGCCAUUGAUUUCAACAAGGCCAAAAUACUAUCUAUCAUGUAGUAUCAUCAAACUAUUACCAUCUACUUUGCUUGCGUAUUCCAAAACAGCAGAAAUUAUAGAAAGUAAAUAGCUCAGAUCAUCAUGAAAGAUUACUGUUCUUGUUAUUUGAUGAAAAAAUGAAAGGCAUUUUAAUGGUGUAAAAAAAAUAUAAAUUACUCUGUAACCAUAAUCAAAGCUACCUUUAGGCUGUCUGUUAAAUUUAUAAACUCAUAAAAGGAGGUAUAGAAACAAACUUAUUAAAAAUAAUGUACAAAGCACAAUUUCAGAUAUCAGAACUUUGAUUUUCUUUAGUGAAGAGAAAUUUGCUGAAUCGUGAUCUACACUGUUCCCAUAAAGGAUGUGAAUGGGUAAUCUUGCACUCUCUCAGAAAAAACCUAAUAAUGGGAAACUGCUGUUUCACAUUACUGAAAUGAUACUCUAUUAAAUAAAACUAUGCAUCUUUUAAGAUGACAGUAUGCUGAGAGAUUUAUGUGAUUUAGGAGAAUGAAGACGGUCUGAUUUCAUUUACACCUGUCUAACACAGAAUAAUUUCUGAAAGGUUCUUCAUGUAUGCUGGUAUAAAUUCAACGUUUAGUUUACUGUCUUUACUGAGAAAGAUAUUGUGGUGUUUAAGAACAUGACCUGGAUUUGUCUAGCUCACAUUAAGUAAUAUUACUUUCACAGCUAAAUAAGAAACAUUGUCACUCUAGAAUCAGUGGAAAGUGAGUGUUGCCUUCAAAGGCAAAUCAGACAUUGCUUACCCCUUUUUAAAUUCUCAACAGCCAAGGGUGACUCAACCCUUAUUUUAGAUGCCCACUAAAAAAGUCUUAAAUGAAGGGUGAAUUUGGCUUUCAGUGUGUAUGGUCUUAGAUCUAACUAGAUUUCUGUGCCUAAGCAGUUCUAGUACAUACACUGUCCAAACAAAAUUUUGUGAAACAUCCUGCAUAAAAUAAAACUAUUGUUAGUAA